AUAAUGAUAACGGCGCCGACAGAUAUUAUUCUUAGUUAUCUCAUACCUCGUAACCGGCUGGACUGGUACGGACGUCAACCAAAAUGAACAUGCUUAAACAAAUAAUUGCGUCUCGGCGCUACUAUGGAUCGUCGGUGCAAGUCGCUCAAAAGUGGGUUUAUGCGAAGGCGUUCCAAGGAGAACCGAACCAGCAUAACUUCAAAUUGGAGAAAGAAGAUUUACCGGCACUGAAAGACGGAGAAUUUCUCGCCGAAGCCAAAUACAUCAGUGUCGACCCGUACAUGCGCCCUUACAUGAUGGCCUAUCCGGAAGGAUCACUCAUGAUCGGUGGUCAGGUGUGCAAAGUGUUGGACAGUAAAAAUGCAUCAUUUCCGGUCGGUGCUUCCAUAUUCGGUCAGUUUGGCUGGCGUACACACACUGUUUGCAAUCCCAGCAAACAGCAAAGUGAUAAACCGUACGUAUUACCAGAUUUUGGUUCGUUGCCCACCAGCUUGGGCCUGGGAGUUCUGGGUAUGCCGGGGAAUACAGCAUACUUCGGACUACUGGAAGUGUGUAAGCCCAAGAAGGGAGAGACGGUUGUUGUUAGCGGUGCGGCCGGAGCGGUGGGCAGCCUCGUUGGUCAAAUUGCCAAGAUCAAAGGGUGUCGGGCGGUUGGAAUCGCAGGGUCAGACGCUAAGUGCCAGUGGUUGAGAAACCUUGGGUUCGACGAGGCGAUCAAUUACAAGACGACGAGUAAUAUUUUUGCGGACUUGAAAAAAGCGGCCCCCGAUGGAAUAGAUGUGUACUUUGACAAUGUUGGCGGUCGAACCUCGGAGGCGGCGAUCAAGUUGAUGAAUUUGUACGGCCGCAUUGCCGUGUGUGGAACGAUUUCGAACUAUAACACAUCGAUCGAGAAAGUGACGGAUCCGUUGAGAAUUAUGGUUUUCAAGCAAUUGAAGAUGGAAGGGUUCGUUGUCUGGCGAUGGAACGAUCGUUGGUUGGAAGGAAUUAUGGCAAAUCUGCAGUGGAUCCAGGAGGGUAAAUUGAAGUGGCAGGAAACGGUUACGGAGGGAUUCGAGAACGUGCCGGGUGCGUUUAUGGAUAUGCUGAAGGGCGGAAACACUGGGAAGGCUGUGGUGAAAGUUUAGUUGGUACUUUAAAAUAAAUGUGUAUUGAUACUAAAUCUGUAGAUUGGAUUUCUUUCAAAACUAUUUUACCGCGAAACGCGAUUUUCUAAAUUCACAAUACGAAA